UGAAUCCCCGAGCGAUGUUGAAAGCCAUUGCAAUCCCCGAGAGUCAAAGAAAUUACCAGGAUUCUCUCUCUUAUUCGGCAAGCUUCGGACAUAGUACGGGUGCCUUCCGAUGGUGAUACUGUGAAAUGGUGUUGUGAAAGUGUUAGACUUGGAAAGAUCUUCCAUCGGCCUUCCUAUGACGUGUGUUUAAGUCGGCACGGGACAGCCCUGAAAGUGCAAACAAAGUGAACUGCUAAAAUAGAUCUAAAUUUUCCUCCUUCCAACCUCAACAUCGCGGCCAGCCAACUCGCAAACCUCUCACAAACCACCAACCACUACUCACUCUCGCAAUCAACAUCAGCUCUUUUGAGCUCACACUCGCCUUGAACGACCAGGCCGAUCAAGCCAUGUCUAGAGAGGAGUUCUUGCCCGGGUCAGUUGUCCCGAAGCGCUUCGAAUGGUCUACGGAUUGGAAACGCCCGCGCCCGUCCUGGAGCUCUAGCUACGGGUUGAAGGAUACGGACAAGCUGGUCUUGUGGGAAGGUACCGGAGACCCAUUCUUCGUGCGCAAGGACGGCAGCCAGCGCCUGCCCCCCAAAGGAGUUCACUUGUCCUCGGAGUCGAUCGGCCUUCUUUACGACCUAGUCGACGACGGUCCACUUGGACUGACGGCUCUGCACGAAAACUGGCCAUUCGCGAUGCACUUGUACAUCAUCCAUCCCGGAUACCGCCCCAUGGGCUGCGCGUACAAGAUUUUGAAGAGCGGCGUCUGGUACUUUGGCGUCUACCGUGGCUACUACCUAUUGUGUGGCGAUGAAGGCUACACUCAGUUCAAGGACAAGGAGGCGGAAGAUGCCAAGAAGGAGGGCAGGGAACCCGAGGACAUCAACGAACCCGAACGUCAGCCUUGGGUGGUUGGUGAUGUGCCCGAGGAGUUGAACUGGCACGACGACUUCGACGCUGACCAGAUCCGGAUUUACACGGAGCCUUUCCCUGUGUGCCAUCCACCCAUCGCCAAGGACCGUGUCAUUGUCACGGACCUCGCUAGGCCGAGUCCUUCGUGGCGCGGGAAGGCCACCCGUGCUGACAUUUACGCCUCGGCAUCCUACCAGCUACAAUCACCCAUCUUCCGAUGACGACCGCGAACGUCUCGCCCGUAUCGCCGCCGCGCCUAGCGUUUGGGAUGUCGCCAAAGAGGACUGGCCCGUUGCUCAGCGUCGCCGCUCCUAGCACCCUUCCUAUCCCGUCACUGCUCAGACUUUGGCGUCCAGACCCGUCAGUCCGCCUCGUCUCAACGUGCAGCAGCUCCUAACCAAUCGAGAUAUUAAGGCCGAAUCCGACACUGACUCCACACAGUUAACAGUUCCCUCUGGAAUUCUUUUUUGCUUUUGGUCUGAUGGAGACUUUGCGUUGGAGGAUACGGAGGUGCGGGGAGGCUCACUAUUCUAUUUGAGCAUGAAGAAUGCCAGUAGUUUGAUCGAUCAUGGGGGAGCAGCUGGUGGGUGAAUGCAUUCAGAAGGUCUUUACUAAAUGCAGAGGAUGAAGAAGACGAUUUUCCCUUGGACAGCGAAGAUAACACAAUUGCUUUUAAAUCCAUACCCCGCCUUAUUGCGUGC